UGAAAACCCUUUCUUCUUUCUUCUUUCUUCUUUCUUCUUCCUUCAAAGUUGAAACCGGCCAUGGGGAUAAACUGUAAUAACAGGGUGGAAGAUUUUUGCGAUCAGCAUGCAAAUGCAAAUGGAAAUGGAAAUGGUGCAUGCAACGACGCCGUCUUAAGCAUCCCCAACGAGGAGGCGGCGCAACCGCUGGAAAUGCACAAAGUUUGCAUGCCGCCGCAGAGAAGCACCGUCCAGAAACUGCGGCAGAGACUGGGAGAGAUCUUCUUCCCGGACGAUCCUGUCCACAGGUUGAAGAACCAAACGUGGGUUAAGAAGUUGGUUGUGUGUGUGCAGUUUUUUUUCCCGGUUCUUGAGUGGGGCCCAAAUUACAGUCUCGCCCUUCUCCGGGCCGACGUCGUCUCCGGUCUCACCAUCGCUAGCCUCGCUAUCCCUCAGGGCAUCAGCUACGCUAAACUCGCAAAUUUGCCGCCUAUUAUCGGACUCUAUUCCAGUUUUGUCCCGGCGUUGAUAUAUUCAGUUCUUGGGAGUUCCCGGCAUCUGGCCGUAGGGCCGGUGUCCAUAGCUUCUCUGGUGAUGGGCACAAUGCUUAGCGAGGCGGCUCUUCCUUAUACUCAACACCCCACCCUUUACCUUCAAUUGGCUUUCACUGCCACAUUUGUCGCCGGAAUUUUUCAAGCUUCUUUGGGUUUCUUCAGGUUAGGAUUCAUAAUAGAUUUUUUAUCAAAGGCAACUCUGGUUGGGUUCAUGGGUGGAGCAGCAGUUAUUGUUUCUUUGCAACAACUGAAAGGGUUACUUGGGAUUGUCCACUUCACUAACAACAUGCAAAUUCUUCCUGUUUUGUCCUCUGUUUUCCAUCACACACAUGAGUGGUCUUGGCAAACUAUUGUGAUGGGUGUGUGUUUUCUCACCUUCCUGUUGAUAGCAAGGCACAUUAGCAUGAGGAAACCGAAAUUGUUUUGGAUUUCAGCAGCUGCGCCGCUACUAUCAGUUAUGGUGUCGACUGCCAUAGUUGCAAUUCUCAAUUCAAAGGCGCACGGGAUUCAGACUAUUGGGCACCUGGCAAAGGGUUUGAAUCCACCUUCUGCCAAUAUGCUCUACUUCCAUGGCGCUUAUUUGCCGCUUGCCAUCAAGACUGGCAUUGUAACUGGAAUCUUAUCUCUCACUGAAGGAAUUGCAGUUGGCAGGACAUUUGCCGCUUUGAACAACUACCAAGUUGAUGGCAACAAAGAAAUGAUGGCUAUUGGUCUCAUGAACAUCGCUGGUUCAUGUUCUUCCUGCUAUGUUACAACAGGAUCAUUUUCGCGCUCUGCUGUCAACUACAAUGCCGGAGCACAGACAGUGGUUUCCAACAUAAUAAUGGCAACAACUGUGCUCAUCACCCUCUUGUUUCUCAUGCCGCUCUUCUAUUACACACCCAACCUCAUCCUAGCAGCGAUUAUCAUCUCUGCCGUGAUUGGGCUAAUUGAUUAUCAGGCUGCUUUUCGGCUUUGGAAAGUAGACAAACUUGAUUUCCUGGCUUGCAUGUGCUCCUUUUUUGGUGUUCUUUUCAUCUCAGUGCCUCUUGGGCUAGCCAUUGCAGUUGGAGUUUCAGUGUUCAAGAUUCUGUUGAAUGUUACAAGACCAAACACUUGUGUUCUGGGAAACAUUCCUGGAACUCAAGUAUAUCAAAGCCUAAACAGAUACAGAACAGCAAUUAGGAUUCCCUCUUUCAUUGUACUCUCAGUGGAGGCUCCUAUAUAUUUUGCAAAUUCCACCUACUUACAAGAAAGACUACUGAGAUGGAUCCGGGAAGAGGAAGAGAGGGCCAUGGACAAUAAUGAAAGCACGAUCAAAUGCGUAGUCAUAGACAUGUCAGCUGUGACAGCCAUAGACACAAGUGGUAUAGAUACAGUCCGUGAACUGAGAAAAGCGUUGGAGAGGAGGUCGCUUAAGCUUGUAUUGGUAAACCCUUUGGGGAGUGUUAUGGAAAAGUUGCAGAGCUCCAACGUUCUGGAAGAGCUUGGCUGUAGCGGAUUAUAUUUGACAGUUGCAGAGGCUGUGGCCGACAUCUCUAACUCUAAUGGGAAGCCUUAAAACAAUGGAUCAUCGGAGGAAUUUUAGUUGGAAAAGAGUUUUAAAUCCUUCCUAAGCUCUUCUAAGAAGAGAAGCGGUUUUGAUGUUUACAAGAACUAGACAAGUUGUAACUGUUGACAAUGAAAGUAAUAUGUAAUUCUGAGCAAAGGGCAAUUGCCAAUUUGAGUUUA